AUGGUCUUCAAACCAUUAACCCACUUCGCGCGCCAGAGUUUCACAAAAGCCUUCACCCAUGGCUAUGCUCAAUCGGUAGUCGCUGCGUCCCAAUACGCGUCCACCAACACCCUUAAUCAACUCGCGAACCAUCCUGCAAAAUUUGCACGCACAGCUCAGCUACAGAAUGCCUUCUCCAACGCGUCCAGCUCGUCAGGCGCUGGCGCCAAAGCUGGCCAGGGUGCCUCUGGAUCAGGCGACUCCGGUCUAGCCGCUUAUUACGCCGCAUGGCAACACGCCCAACAGACCGGCGAUGAUAGUGACUGGAGCCAGUUCCAAUUCAGACGUCGCAUUGGCUGGAAGCCCUCGGUCGAGGAGGUCGAGGUCGUCGAGGGAGCCCGUAGUGAAUCUGUUCCUCCGCAUCUCACCAAGGCUGCCGUCAAUGAGAAUGUUGGUGCGCAGUUGGAGGAGGCUGUCGCUCGCGAGAUUCAGACCCAGGAGGAGCAGGCACAGGCAGAGGAUGCGGCAUCGGAUGUGACUGAAGCUGCUUCCGGUCCGACCUUUGGCGAUGUAGUUCUGUCUCCGGCUAUCUCGGAGGAGUCUCGAGUUGCAUCCGAUCGUGUUGUUCAGUUGCUCAAGUCGAAAAACUAUAUUGAAAUCCCUAUUGCCUUUGAAUUGCUACUGAAGGAGGGCUUGACCCCAACAGUCGAGGCGUACAACGCCCUAUUGGUCGCGGCCAUUCUACUCCACCCUGAAACAGCCCAGGCUAUUCCCAAGGCGCUCGAUGUGUACUCAGAUAUGCUUCGUCGAAGGGUAAUUCCCGACGAGGACACGUAUCAGACUCUCGUGCAGUUGUUGGUGACCCGGGCACACGACGCCAUCACGGCUAGGAAAGUGUUGGAGCAGGAACGUGUGCGUUAUGGUGGAAUGGAGGAGCCUGGCAAGUUCAUGCUCCACUCGAGUGAACUGGAGCGGGACAUUCUCGCUGAGGAUCACUCGUUAUCUAUCGCGAUCAGGCUUUUCGACACCGCCACGAACCGACACUCUCGCCUGGCCUUCUCGGUCGAUAUUUACCGCUAUCUAAUCACUGCAUGUGCUCGCGAGGGCCAGGUGGAUGACAUGGUCCGUAUCUAUGGGCAUAUGGAGAAGCAAAAUGUGACACCUCACGCCACAAUCUUCCCAUCCAUGAUUGAUGCGUUUGCGGGGACCGGCGACUUGAAAAGUGCUGUGGAGUGCUACAGUGAGUACCGAAGUCUUGCAGUCGCAGACGACAGCGGAGUUUUCUGCAUGGUCCGGCGUCUGGACAGUGCAGUGUACGCAGCUCUCAUUCGUGCCUAUCUAUCUUGUGGCAAGGAGAAGGGUGCUUUGCAAUUCAUGGAUCGUAUUCGCUCAUCUUUCGAUAAUGUGACGGAAAGUGAAAGUCGAUGGGCCGAUGUGGAAAAGGUGAUUGUUGAGAACGCCCUUGUACAGCAUUGGCUGGAUGUUGGCGAACCCAGCAAAGCUUUGGAAACGGCUAAGACAAAGCUCCACCCUGAGGCUCGGGAUCAUGCCAUCGCCAAAAUCUGCAUCUCUGCCGCUGAUUCGGGCGAUCUUACCACCGCCUCGGCAGCAUACGAUUCCCUAUCAACUUCACCGGCAUCCCGACAAAGCCCAGCUAUCUCUCUUCUCGCUCUUCACAUUCGUCAAGGGAAUGUUUCGGCGGCCCGUUCCUUGUGGAUAAUGCUCAACACUGUGGGUCAUGCAACCACGGAAUUGAUCCAGCCGACUGCCAUGUUCGCUGUUGCUCUCUUGAAAAGUGGUCAUGUAGAAGAGGGUCUACUGGAAGCUCGGAAUAUGUUUACUCGUAUCCGAAACUCUUCUCCUCCCAUUAAAUCUCCAACCGUCGCCAGUACCACUCGAGAGCAAGUCACAGAGUCCAUCCACCUUCUUGGACGUGUUCUACUACAAACCGCUACUGUUAUUUCCCCUCAAGCAUCCAUGUCGCUCCUCUGGUCCAUGGUCGAGAACGGGGGUCUCGUGUCUCCCGUCGCCGAGCAUGCUGUCGCCAGUCUCGGCCCUAAAGGUAUCUCACAACUGAACCCGGCCGACCUCACCCUGGCACUACAAGUCCAGGCCGGUAUGCUGGCCAACAACGACGCUCUCGUUUAUGACGUUGCCCACCCGAUUCGAUUUGCACACAUGCUCGACGUGGCGCUCUCGACCGGCCUUCCCCUUGAUAGUUACACUACCCAGUUGGUCGACGAGGCCAUUGGCAAGAUUUUCAACAGCCGCCCUGAUGUCGCAAAGAGGUGGCAGGAUCACCAGGAUGCCUCAAGUGCAGCUUCCUUCCAGUCCGAUCGCCACAGCCCUGUCUCCAUGCCCGACACCUCCAUCACAACCCCUAAUUCGAACUCCGAUUCCUUCGAUCCCUAUGCAUACGCCACCGACUUCCGAGGUUCUGCCAUGAUCGCCGAGGAGCUCGAGAAGACUACCGGUCGCGCGGAGGCCCACCUCAGCGAAGCACUCUCCCGUCUUCGAAACAUGCGUCGCAUUCGCCGUCACCCUCGCUACAUCACCUACGCCAAGUUGAUCACUGCUGCUGCCAAGGUCGGUCGCUUUGAGCUGGUCCAUGACAUCCACGCCAUGGCCCGCGCCGACGUGCCCCUGAACCCAUCUCACAACGCUGUCCGGUACGGCUGGGUGUCGAUUCUGGACGCCAUGGUCGCCGCUUGUCUCACCCUCGGUGACCGUAAGCUGGCUGGCCAAUUCCACCUCGAGCUGACCGCUCUCGGCUCUGCACCAUCUGCCAACACCUUUGGCCUGUAUAUCACCACCCUGAAGGAGUCGACGAAGACCUUUGACGAAGCCACUGAGGCUCUGAAGAUCUUCCACCGUGCUGUUAUUGAAGGUGUUGAGCCCACCUCGUUCUUGUACAACGCUCUCAUCGGCAAGCUUGGAAAGGCUCGCCGUAUCGACGACUGCCUCGCCUACUUCGCCGAGAUGCGCGCCCACAACGUUCGCCCGACAAGUGUUACCUACGGAACUAUCGUGAAUGCGCUCUGCCGUGUCAGCGACGAACGAUUCGCCGAGGAGAUGUUCGAGGAGAUGGAGUCGAUGCCCAACUACAAGCCCCGCCCUGCCCCUUACAACUCCAUGAUCCAAUACUUUCUGAACACAAAGCGUGACCGCAGCAAGGUCCUGGAAUACUACAACCGCAUGCAAUCUCGCAGCAUCAAGCCGACAAUGCACACGUACAAGCUCCUGAUCGACGCUCACGCCUCUCUCGAGCCCAUCGACAUGGCCGCUGCUGAGAAGGUUCUGGAGUCGAUGAAGGCUGCCGGCCAGCAGCCUGACGCUGUCCACUACGCCUCGCUCGUCCACGCCAAGGGUUGUGUCCAGCACGACCUAGACGCUGCCCGUAAGGUGUUUGACUCUGUGAUUUCCGACCACCGCUUCCGUCCCCAGCCCUGCCUGUACCAAGCCCUCUUCGAAGCCAUGGUCUCCAACAACCGUGUUGCCGAGACCGAGGAGGUCGUCAAGGGCAUGAUCAAGCGCAACGUCGAGAUGACCCCCUACAUUGCCAACACUCUUAUCCAGGGCUGGGCCAACUCCGGCAACGUCGCCAAGGCCAAGGUUAUCUACGACAGCAUCGGUCUGGAGAAGCGUGAGCCAAGUACCUACGAAGCUAUGACUCGCUCCUUCCUCCACGCCGAUGACCGAGAAAGUGCAGCAGGUAUUGUCCAUGAGAUGAUCUCUCGAGGGUACCCAUCGGCCGUCGCUAGUAAGAUUCUUGACUUGAUCGGCGUUCCCACCGUUUGA